AUGAAAUUAGCAUUUAUAUUAGCUUUCGCAUUUGCAUUUGCACAGGAUAAGAGAAGGGUUCCUCAAGAAGAAUCAGUUGAAAUCAAUGCAGAAGAUGAGAGAUCUCAGCUAAUGAAAGAAUGGGACGAACAUAUGGUAGGCUUCGUCCCAUCAGAUAUGGUCACUUUUGAGCUUCCAGCGAGAGGAGAAGAGAUUUUCUUUGAAACAAUUGACGUAAUUCCUUCAAAAAUUAGAGGUGCGUGGUUCAUUACAAGCAAGGAAUCCCGCGAUAUUGAAUUUUCCAUCAUGAAUCCAAACAUGAAGGUGAUUUUCGAAAAAAAGAAAAAAUCUGAGGCACUUUUUUAUUUUGAUGCAGAGCAGGUAGGGAUAUACACAUUUAAAUUCAAAAACACAAAAGUUAUUCAGAAACAUGUAGUGACUUUUGCAUUAAAUUGUGGAAAUUCUACUGAUGAGGUGCUGAAAACUGAGCAUUUAACUCCACUAGAAAAGCAGCUGGUGGAUAUACAGAAAGAGAUCAAAGAUUUCCAAGUCGACAAUCAGUUUGCUCAGUUGAGACAAGAGUCACAUUAUAGAACUAUGGCUGAUUCUAAUAGAAAUGUGUUCAUUUUUAGCAUUUUAGAAAGUUUGGGAGUCAUUGCAGUAAGUGCUUGGCAAGCUUAUUAUAUCAAAAAGCUUUUAGAUAAUAGAAGAAUUCUUUAG